GGGAGCUCCCAGGCUCCUCCUGCAUCCCAACCCAGUUACCCUCCUGCCCAAGGCCCCCAACAACAACCGCAGCAGCCGCCACCGCCAACAUCACAGCAGCCAUCGCAGACGCCCACACCUGCUUCUCAGCCGCCCGCGGGACAUGGACAGAUGCCACAGGGACAGCCCUCAUCGUACUCCCAGAAUCCCCCACAACAGCAGCAGCAGCAGCAACAACAACAAUCGCCGUAUCAGCGUUUUCCUCCUCCUCCUCAGGAGAUUUCCCAGGAGUCUUUUAGCUCCCAGUCCAGCGCUCCCCCCUCCGUUCCGCCUCUGGCAUCGAAGAGCAGCACAGAGGACAUGCAGGGCAGACCCUCCAGUCUACCAGACCUAUCCGGUUCAAUCGAUGACCUGCCUACUGGUACGGAGGGCGCUUUGAGCCCUGGAGUCAGCACAUCUGGAGUAUCCAGCA